UCGAAUUAAUAUAACUCUCAAGAAUUAUCUUACUCCACAAGUAUUAAAAAUACAGCAUCAUCAAAUGAAUGAAUGCUUGUUAUACCAUGUUGAAAAAAUUAUGAAUUGGAAAUUUUUAAUUGGCCGUGAGAAUCAAAUUACUAAAAAUCAAGUUCAUUAUGAACCAAUUGAAGUAGCAAAUGAUAUAGAAUUUGCUGAGAAUAGUUAUGAAUCUGUUAUAACAAACUUAGAUUUAUUAAUUAAAUAUAUUGAUCGAUUUACUAUCCAGGAGGUUUGGCAUGUGAUGACAAUUGAACAAAAUAAAGAACAUUUCGUGUACAAAGUAACAAUGUUAGACCCUCAAGGUGAAACUGCAAUUACUAUUGCUAAUUCGGCAUAUACAAGUAAUCUUGAAACUGUUAAACAGAAUCUAACUCGUCAAGAAAAAUAUAACCAAGGCUUUGGCUAUGCAAAAAAAGCUGUUGAGUUGGCUUUUAAAACUGGUUAUAAAAAUGAAUUAAAUAAACUCCUACAAGAUUGGAUUGAGAAGACAGAAAGAAAGAUUCAUUACAAUUUAAAUAAGCUUAACAAGAAGAAUUUGCCAAAUAUAAGCAAUUCUUAUUUAACUCAUACAAAAGGUAUAUCUAAAAAAUAUAUCAAAAGUGCAUUUGAAAACUCUAUUUCUAAAUAUCAGGGUAAAAGUGGAACUUAUACUGCUACUAAAAAUUUGCAAGAUUUGAAUUAUAGAAAUAAUAAUGAUAAGCAAUUUGAAGAAGCAAACCAGCAAAAUGAUCAUGAGAAGAAAAGUAGUAAAUAUGUAUGCAGUUAUUGUAAAG